AUGCAUUUUGUGAAAAAGGUCCCAACAAGCGAUGAGGAAAAGGCGGCGAAGGAGAAGGAGAGAGCCACAAAACUGAAGGUUUUUUGUACAGUUCGCGAUCGCAUUUUUGAGAAGAGAGCUAAAGGCGAGCUGGAUGAUGAAAUCUUGAGUUUAACGCAGAGGUUGUUAGAGAAGAAUCCUGACAUUUACACGUUUUGGAAUAUUAGAAGAGAAACGAUCGAGAAGAAAAUCAAAGAGUGGGAAGAAUGUGUGUCAACGACAGAAGACGAGUCGUGUAAAGAGAAUUGCAAAAAGAAAAUCGAGAAUCUUUUGUCAGGAGAGCUGUUCCUUACGCAGGCAUGCUUAGAGGUUUGCAAACGAUCCUUUGUAUUUUCUUUUGUCUUCAGUGCUCUCGAGAGUUCUGAGGAUUGUUUUCAGGAAAAUCAUAAAUCGUACGCGGCCUGGUUCCACCGUGGUUGGACUUUGCAUCGCCAAGAGCAUCCGGACAUCAAACGCGAGUUAGCCCUUUGUGAGAAAGCUCUCAAACUGGACUGCAGAAAUUUCCACACAUGGGAUCAUCGUCGCGUUGUUGCGAAGUUAGGUAACCUUGGAGUGGAGGAGGAACUAGAAUUCUCAAACCGCCUUAUCGCUCAGAAUUUCUCUAACUACUCUGCAUGGCACUACCGAGCUGUACUCCUUCCGAAGAUUCAGAACGCUAAGACUGGCGAGUUUCGGCUCGAUGAUACCGUCAUUGCCAGUGAACUGAAGAAAGUGACUUCUGCUUUCUUCACGGACCCUGAUGACCAAAGUGCGUGGGUGUACAGUCGAUGGCUCCUCGAAAUGGGGUCGGAAAAGGAAUUCUUAAGGCCAGACUCAGCAACUCCAGCUGUUCCGCUCUCAGUAUCCUUUCAUGGUAGUAACACCACUUUUGUGAUGUCAAAGGCUUGCACCUUCAAUGAACUGCUACCAUUUGUUAAUUCCUCUUCCGAUGCUGCUUGGCAAGGG